AUGGCUUCUGUCGAAAAGGAGGUACCGCAAGGCGCCCACGUGGAAGCCGCCAACGAUGACCAAGCCAUCACCAAAGCACCGCUUCACGACGGAACCAUCUCCAGUGCCGCUGGACGGGGCCAGGUAGCUACUGAUAAGUACGGCAACUCUCUUAUCCAGUUUGACCCUGUUGCCGAGCGAAAACUGCGCUGGAAGCUCGACUUGUACACCAUUCCAACCGUCGCCCUGCUCUAUCUCUUUUGCUUCAUCGACCGCGCGAAUAUUGGAAAUGCUAGAAUCGCCGGUCUCGACAAGGACCUCAACCUCAAAGGCUACGACUACAACAUCAUCCUCUCAACCUUCUACAUCUCCUACAUCCUCUUCGAGAUUCCUGCCACAGUCACCUGCAAAUGGAUCGGUCCCGGCUGGUUCCUGCCCGCAACCUCACUGGCUUUCGGUAUUGUCUCCAUCGCUACAGCCUUCUGCAAGGACAGGGCGGCCAUCUGCGGCGUGCGCUUCCUCCUCGGCAUCUUCGAAGCCGGUAUGCUACCGGGUAUCGCCUAUUACCUCUCCAGAUGGUACCAGCGCGCCGAGCUCACCUUUAGACUGUCGCUGUACAUGGUCAUGGCCCCUCUGGCCGGCGCCUUUGGCGGUCUUCUUGCCUCGGCUAUCCUGACGCUUGACCACUUCGGAGGACUCCACCGCUGGCGCAUGAUCUUCGCGAUCGAAGGUAUCGUGACCAUCAUCCUCGCCAUUAUUUCCUUCUUCACCCUCACCGACCGUCCCGAGACGGCACGCUGGCUCACUCAGGAGGAAAAGGACCUCUGCAUUGCCCGCGUCAAGUCAGAGCGCGUCGGCACGACCGAAGUCAUCGACGGCAUCGACAAGAAGAAGCUCAUCCGCGGCAUGCUCAACCCCGUCACCCUCGAAAUCGCCGUCGUCUUCCUCUUCAACAACAUCACCGUCCAGGGCCUCGCCUUCUUCCUCCCGACCAUCGUCAGCUCAAUCUACCCCACCUUCUCCACUGUCCAGAAGCAGCUCUACAGCGUGCCGCCCUACGUCGUCGGCGCCUUCUUCACAGUCGCUUUCCCCGGCCUGAGUUGGUACCUCGACAGGCGCCAGGUGCUGAUCGCGUUGAGCGCGCCGAUGGUUAUGGCGGGGUACAUUAUGUUCCUCGCGUCCAAAGUCGCCAAGAUCAGAUACGCGGCGACAUUCCUGAUUGCAAGCUCGGCCAUGGUUCUCGGACCCAUGUCCAACGCGCAUAUCAGCGCCAAUGUCCUGAGUGACACGGCGAGAAGCAGUGCCAUUGGUCUUAACGUCAUGUUCGGCAAUAUUGGCGGACUCAUCUCGACUUGGUCGUAUCUUUCGUGGGACGCUCCCGACUACCACAUCGGCAACGGCCUGAACCUUGGGGCUGCGAGCAUGAUUCUCAUCGUGGCUACCGCGGCGUGGCUGUGGAUGAAGUGGGACAACAAGCGACGUGACGACCGCAGCAUCGAGGAGGAGCUGGCGGGUAUGUCGGAGCAGGAGAUUCAGAACCUGGACUGGAAGCACCCUGCUUUCCGGUGGAGGACGUAA